GCCACGACCUUGAUCUGCUCGCCGUCGGCCGCACCCGUGUACGAGUCGGAGGCCAGCGAGACCCAGCGGAUGUCGUUGGGGAUGCAGUCCGCCGUGGUCAGCACGUGCGAGGCGCUGAUGAGCGCGCCGGCGCAGAAGUUGGAGCCGUCCUUGAUGGAGCGAACGCCGGCGACAUACGACUUGCCAGCCUGGAUCUCCGUGACCGGGACGUCGGCGAGGUCACUGGUGAGACUGGAUAAAGUCGACUGAGCGGUGACGGAGCACGAGGCCAGCGCGGCGAAGGCGGCACCAAUCGCAGACGUGAACUUCAUUUUGAUGGAGCAGCGCGGCGGCAGCGACGGGAACCCUGCAAAAGCCCAAAUGGCUGAGGACGGUGCAUUGCAGCAUCUGCAUCACGGGCGAGCUGUGCAGACGGAGAUCCCUGCUCACAAGUCUCAGCGCUCCAUCACCUUGCUAAGUUCGCAUCAAUGCCCAUUGCUAUAUUUGAGAGUGCGGUGGCCGUAUAUCUUGUAGCAACAGCGUAUUGGUUCUCCGAUCGACUCACCUGUCAAGGUGCAGGCAGAGACGUUAGCAAUACUUAGUAUUCGUAUGCAGUACAACGAGAUGGGACGCAUUCGUGCUGGCCGAAUGCAAUGUGCUUUUGAGCUCAGCACGGUCCACAAUAUUCCAAAUCUUGCACUACAAUACGGGCAUAUUAAUCACGAGUUAGUCUAGAAAGAGAGACAGACCGGAUUAAGUGGUCCAUGCUGUUGCUGAGAGACUAGUGCAGCUCGUACCUGCCGGGCUCGACUGCCUGCAGAACUGCAGACCGAAACAACUUCGACGAGAACGCCGAACAUUUGAUGAAACUUCACAUUUGGCGCUAAGUUCGGCUGCUCCGAAUAUCCCGUUCAUAGCUGUGCGGACACCAAAAUGGGAUCUGCCAAAUCCGAGCAAAGUUUCCGCGGUGUUGAAGAGACCCCGAAGGCUCCGACUCAAACUUUGAGUCAAAGUGGGUGAACCAAGCAGCAAACUGAUUGACUUGGGUUGCAUUUGUAUUUUCUUGUCACCCAGCUGACACUCCGGCUCCUGCGCCUACCGAGACGGCCUCGGUCGAGGUCUCGACUCGAGACCUCCCCGACAUAUCUGUCAGUUGGUGGUCUGAUAGAACUUGUCGUUAAUUGUCUCGAAUCUGCGACUAACAAACCGCAGGUGAAGAAGGAGAGACCCGCGUAAUGGCGGCUGAUGUUGUAACGGCGAUGCAGCACACAAAUGUACCUGUACCCAGGUCACCUGGCAGUUGUGCUUCCUCAGAAGGCAUUCACUCCGAAGCUCGGGACAGAGCUGCUUUGGUGCACGUCACGCGAAAUGCCUGUUCCUCAAACAUAUUGUUCCUGUUGAAAUUAUUACCUUCGCCGAAAAAAGUGCUUCCAAAUCGUAGUGCUUAAGUUCGCACAUUUUCACGUUACCGUGCAGGUUUGACAAUUGGGACGCAUGCUUGAGCUGCAUCGAGUUGGCCGCGGGGCCGAAACCAGUGCCUGCAUUGAAAAACCUCCUUACAUACCGAGAUGCAGUUUCAAUGAACUUGCAACAUUCCGAUUUUAAUCUAAAAAUUAGCAGAUUAACUUGAGCACAUCUCAAUGAACCGCACAGCGGGCUUGUCCCUGGAGCAGCAAAGCGUCCCAGGCGCGGCAUCAGAUGGCUUGCAUUGCAGCGACUGAACAUCACUUUGGAUUUCUUUGACCGCAGCCCACCGCGCUACCGAACCAGCCGUCGAGAUGAAGUUCACCGCCGCUAUCGUUGCUGCGUUCGCCACGCUGGCCGCCACCGCGAACGCCUCCAGUGAGGUGGUCGAGCGCAAGCUCAUCCUUGGCGGAACCACCGUGCCCAAGGGCAGGAAGACCUACUACGCCGGCAUGCGCCACACGGCCGAGGGCAAGAACUUCUGCGGCGGCACGCUCAUCAGCCCCACCCACGUGCUCACGGCCUCGCACUGCAUCUCGUACGACAUUCGCUGGGUCUCGAUCGGCUCGCACUACAACAACGGCACUGACGACGGCGAGCAGAUCAAGGUCGUGGCGGUCAUGAACCACCCCAACUUCACCGAGUCGCUCAAGUUCUCCAACGACUUCGCCAUCCUCGAGCUCGAGGUGCCGUCCACGAUCACGCCAGCGAAGCUGGCCAAGGCGGACGGCUCAGACUUCAAGGCCGGCGCGACGGUGACUACCGUGGGAACUGGUCGCCUGUCGGAGGGCUCCACGGCCCUGGCCGGCCACAAGCUGCAGCGCGUGGACUCGACCCUCAUCACCAACGAGGAGUGCGCGACGAACGGACAGAUCUCCGUGGACGACUCCAUGAUCUGCGUCGGUGGCCAGAUCAGCAAGGGCUACUGCGACGGUGACUCCGGGGGCCCGGCCUUCAUCGAGUACUUGGACGACGAUGCCGACGACGUGGUGGUUGGUGUGGUUAGCUGGCGCAACUGGCGCGACGGCGAAGUGUGCGGCCGUGGCAAGAGCGUCCCCAUGGUCUACUCCAGCGUGGCAUACGCGCGCUACUGGAUCGACCCCAUCCGCAAGUCCUCGUGCUUCGACUAGGUUAGAGAUAGCGCAGCCCACGGUUGAGCACACCAAAAAGUCACGGCGAUGCAACAGGUCUGGGCGCGAUAAUACAAUUUGUUUGUCAUUACUCAAAGUGGUUUUCUUGAGCCCUGGCUGCGUGUGUGGAAUUUGUCGGGCACUUCGAGUUUAUAAUUUGUUUGGGCAUUGUGAACUACGCAAGAAUAUCAUAGGCUGCAAAAGCUCGCGGCCUGCGACGACCGCCAGACGACGUGAUCUCACUCUUCUAAUGUACCUCUCGCCAGUCGCACGCAUCGGCAUGCACGAUAGCAAUUGCAGUAGACGACCCCUGUGCCUUUAGGCUCGUGGGCAAGUCCGCAGCGGCGUCU